GUGCGACCUCCAUGAUCGAUAAGACAUUAUCUACAGCCCAAAUUAGCCGUGAUGGCACGAAUAUCUCUGUUUAUCCUCCUGCUAGGAGCUUUAGUCUCCCUUGCCGCAGCUUCCGCGCCAACAUUCUGUAAAUGCACAUGCUUUAAGAACAGCACCAUUAUCCCCCUGGGUCCCAAAGGCGAAACAUCCUCAUCGCAGCUCCGUCGCGCCGUUCUCGAUUUCUCGACCCCUCAUAUCGAGCCACGUUCGAAAUCGAAAUCAUGUUCCGAAUGUACCAAGGCCUUUUGUCUCAAGCAGGGCAUUGACUUCUGCAAGGACGCGACAGAAGAGGACGUCACGACCAUGUGCUUUCAACGUGAUAGCAACAAGGACAAGAUCAUCGUAUGGGCUUUCAUUAUUGGCACUGUUGGAUUGUUGGGCUGGGCUGCGUUCAAGAAGGUUGUGGCGUUACGCCAGGGGCCUACGUUUGGGAGACAGGGCAGCAAUUAUGCUCCUAUGCAAGGGAACUUCCGAUGAGACGACAAAGGAUGUAGCAUCUUACGCCUCUGUGUUUGAAUAUAUGUGGUAUCUGUGGUUCCGUCACAUGUAGAGGAGUCUGGCGUCCUUGGGUUCUCUGAAGUUUACAGGAGGUCAGUUGACCCCUUUGGCAAUGUUCGGAAUAUUCAUGAGUGUAUAUGAUAAAAAGAACAGGCAUUGUGCCAAUUUCCAUGCAACCUAUAUGCGCCGACUUUUCCAUCACCUGACCAUUCUACCUAGGUCUAUUCAUUAACUCCCAAAACAACACAGCAUUUUUGAACUAAAUCCUCGUAUUCCACUCCUUCUACUCCACAAGUGCAACCUUCUAAGAGCGGUUGACCUUGCGGCGAGUGCGGACAGCAUCAGCCAAGUCCUCGAGCACAACGGCUGUGUCCUCCCAGUUGAUGCAAGCAUCAGUGAUGCUGACACCACGCUGGAGAGCAGCAGGGCCCUCGGCGGGAACCUUUUGGUUACCCUCACCAAUGUUGGACUCGAUCAUAACACCAAUGAUGGCCUUCUCGCCCUCACGAAGUUGUUCACCAACGACCUUGGCAACCUUGGGCUGGUUCUUGUGGUUCUUGGAAGAGUUACCUGGCACAUGUUAGUAUUUCAAGCUCGAUUGUCAUAGUUCGGAACGUACCGUGGGAGCAAUCAAUCAUGAUAGCCUCCUUCUGCUUCUUGUCCUGAAGGACCUUCUUGGCAGCCUGGACACUCUCCUUGUCGAAGUUUGUGCCCUUGGUUCCACCACGGAGAAUAACAAAGCAGUGUUCGUUACCCUUGGUGCGGGUAAUAGCAGCAAGGCCUUGUUUUGUGACACCCAUGAAGUGGUGCUGAGCAGCAGCAGCGCCAAUAGCGUCAAUGGCAACACCAAGGCUACCGUCUGUGCCGUUCUUGAAACCAACAGGGAAAGACAGACCGGAAGCAAGCUCACGGUGCAGCUGGGACUCGGUAGUACGGGCACCAAUAGCACCGACAGAGAUACAGUCGGCAAGGAACUGAGGAGAAAUGGUAUCGAGCAUCUCGGUGGCAAUAGGUAGACCCUUGCUGGUCAAGUCAACGAACAGCUGGCGGGAAACACGGAGGCCCUUGUUGAUCUUGAAAGAGUUAUCGAUAUCGGGAUCGUUGAUGAGACCCUUCCAGCCAACGGUUGUUCGGGGCUUCUCGAGGUAGGCGCGCAUCACGAUGCAGAGAUCGUCGGAGAGCUUGUCAGAGAGCUCCUUGAGUCUGGAAGCGUAUUCCUGAGCGGCGACAGGGUCGUGAAUGGAGCAGGGGCCGACAACGACGAGAAGCCUGUCGCUCUCGCCAAGAACAAUGUCGGCAGCAUCUUGACGGCCCUUGACAACGGUGUUUGUGGCCUUCUCGGGGAGAGGGAUCUCGGAGGUGAGAAGAGCGGGAGGGAUCAGAGGAUCCUGUCCGAGGACUGGUUCGUGUUAGCUGCGGUUCUUGGUGUGUUACGAAUACAGCGUGGGGGAAUUGUUGCAAUUGAGAAUACUGUGAGCCCAGAUUCAAUUGCAG